AUGGUAGAACUCCAGCCCAUGACGGAAGGCCUGAGAGCCAGGACAGCCAGUGGUGUAAGUUCCAGUCCUGCUCAGAGUCAAAAGGGUUGGGAGGGGGGGGGGCCCUGGGAGGGGGGGGGCCCUGCUGGCCUCCCAGUCUUCCCUCGGGAAUGCACGGGGCGGGGCAGAGCCGUGUGGGCCGGACAGAGCCCUGCAGGCAGGCCAGGCACCCGGCCCGACUUGGGUGGUCCCCUGGGCCGGGAGCGACAGGUGCCUGGGCUGCGUCCUCGCCGUCGUAGUCUAGCUGGUGCCCAGCGCCGGGAUUGCGGAGUGAGGGCCAGGAGCCCCGUGCCUCGGCUGACCCCAGGAGGUGCCGGCAAGGCCCACCCCAGCACUCUGGAGGCGACCUCCUUUCUGUAUCAGUUACAUCAAACAAACCAGCUCCUAGAUGUAACUGUAAUAUUAUUCUUUAUUAUACUUGGGAAAAUAUUACCAAAUAUCUUAGCACUAGGAAUGAGAAGAAAAAACACCUAUCAAAAUUUUACAGAAUAUUUUUGCAUUUCACUAGCAUUCAUUAAUCUUUUACAUUAGGUAAACAUUUCCAUUAUAUCCUAUUUAAGGGAUUUUGUACUUUUAGGCAUUAGGUUUACUAAACACCACAUCUGCCUGUUUACUCAAAUUAUUUCUUUUACUUUCAGCAUUUUGCAUUAUCCUGUUUUCCUGAUAGCUUGUAUAGAUUACUGCCUGAAUUUCUCUAAAACCACCAAGCUUCCAUUGAAGUGUCAAAAAUUAUUUUAUUUCUUUACAGUAAUUUUAAUUUGGAUUUCAGUCCUCACUUAUUUUUUAGGAGAUCCAGCUAUCUACCAAAGCCUGAAAGCACAGGAUUUUUAUUCUUAUCAAUGUCCUUCCUACAUUAGCAUUCAGAGUUACUGGCUGUCAUUUUCCAUGGUGAUGGUUUUAUUUAUGGCUUUUAUAACCUCUUGGUCAGAAGUUAUUGCCUUGGUACAGGCUGUUAGGAUAGCUUCCUAUAUGAAUGAGAUUAUCCUAUAUUUUCCCUUUUCAUCUCACUCUAGUUAUACUACGAGCUCUAAAAAAAAAACACUCUUGCUCAAGUUCAUUAUCUGUUUUUUCGGUACAUGGUCACCAUUUGUACUACUUCAAGUAAUUAUCCUCUUACUUAAAGUACAGAUUCCAGUAUAUAUUGAGUUAAAUGUUCUAUGGUUGUCCUUUGUUAAUUGUUUCCUCGUUGCCACAAUGUAUUGGUUUAAUUGUCAAAAGCUUGACUUGAGAGAUGCAUUACCUGGGGAUCCGUUUGUCAACUGGAAAUGCUGCUUCAUUCCAUUUACAAUUCCUAAUUUUGAGCAAAUUGAAAAGCUUUUAUCAAUAAUAAUUUGUUAA